AAAUAAAUAAACGGAAAAAAGUGACUUGAAUUAGGAAGGGGGCUGGGCUGGCAGGCAUCUCUCACUCGCCCUUGCAACUUUUUUCGAUUCCUCCAAAAUACCACCAUACCUUUAUCGCCCAUAGAGAUCUAUAAACACACACAGCGAGAGAGACAGCGAGAGAGCGGGAGAGACGGGAGAGAUUUGCGAGAGAGAGAGAGAGACAGAUCUGAUUCUAACAGGUAAGGAUCAGAAAAAUCGUGAACAAGCAAUAUUGUUGGACAUAACCAUACAGUUAGAGCUUAUAUAGAAUUUAGAAUGGAAGAUGAGAUAUCAAGCUUUUGGGGACCUGUCACAUCAAGUACUGACUGGUGCGAGCAGAACUAUGUCUACUCUUCUUAUAUUGCAGAGUUUUUCAAUACAAUUGGAAACCUUCCGGGCAUUCUUUUGGCACUCAUUGGUCUUGUAAAUGCCUUGAGACAACGGUUUGAGAAAAGAUUCAGCAUACUCCACUUGUCCAAUAUAAUUCUUGCAAUGGGAGGCAUGCUAUUCCAUGCUACGUUGCAGCGACUGCAGCAGCAAGGUGAUGAAACACCAAUGGUCUGGGAGAUGCUCCUAUAUAUCUACAUCCUUUAUUCUCCAGAUUGGCAUUAUCGUAGUACAAUGCCCACCUUUUUGUUCCUAUAUGGUGCAAUAUUCGCGGUGGUGCAUUCACAAAUCCGGUUUGGAAUUGGCUUCAAGGUGCAUUACGCUGUUCUUUGUCUUCUAUGCAUUCCCAGGAUGUACAAGUAUUACAUCUAUACGGAAGAUAUAUCUGCAAAGCGUCUUGCAAAACUAUACGUGAUUACUUUAUUGCUGGCAAGUUUAUGUUGGCUCUGUGAUCGAGUGUACUGCAAGGAGAUCUCUGGCUGGUAUAUAAAUCCACAAGGUCAUGCAUUGUGGCAUGUAUUGAUGGGUUUUAACUCGUAUUACGCCAACACAUUCCUAAUGUUCUGUCGUGCUCAGCAAAGACAGUGGAAUCCAAAGGUUAAGCACCUCAUGGGACUAUUCCCAUAUGUGAAAAUCGAAAAGCCGAAAGUCCAGUAAAACAAGUGGCUGUUUGAAGAUAUAUCAUCCUUUCCGUGAAGGUUGGCCAAAUGGUCUAUGAAAGCGAUUUAGAAGCAGGUCAAAAACAAUUAUUUAUAUUUCAUUUUGCUCAAGUUGAAGAAUGUGAUGUAAAAGAUAGUUGGAAUUUGUUUUGCUAGUUGGAUUUGUAGUUGUUAAUUUUUGCUGUAAAAACUGGUAUGGUCCUGGUGUACGAUAUUCACAUUCUUCAUAGUUUGAACUAGGUUUUUGUUGGUCAUUGGACCUUGUCUUUUGCGACAACUUAAAUUUGAGACUUCUUUGAACAA